AUGCCUGCAGAAAAGCGUUCCAGUCAACCACGGAUCGUGCGAACGUACGAGUUCCCAACGAAGCCGGAAAAGCAAACGAUCGGACAGUAUAUUUACAACUCGCAGGAUGGCAAAAUUCUUGGCCGAACGGCAACCAACUGGGCCCAACUUAUGCUGUUCUAUACCUGCUUCUACAUUGUACUGGCGGCACUGUUUGCCAUAUGUAUGCAGGGUCUUCUGGUCACGCUAAACCAUGACCACCCGAAGUGGCAGCUGGAUGAGUCGCGCAUCGGUACCAACCCCGGCGUUAGCUACCGUCCCCAGCCGGAGGAUGCGGAAGGUAUCAAUUCCAUACAGUAUGUGGCGGCCAACAAAACGGACGUUACGCUCUGGGUUAACAUGAUCAACGAAUUUCUCCGACCGUACAAUGACCAUACACUGUUACCCGGCGGGGGCAAAAAUCAGGUACUCUGUGAUUUCAACACACCACCAUCGCAGGGUAACGUAUGUGCCUUUGAUGUGAAGAACCUUGGCGCUUGUGCAGCAGUGGCAGGAUAUGGAUACAAUCGGUCGGCGCCUUGCAUUUUCAUCAAGCUUAACAGAAUCUACGGUUGGCAGCCCGUAUUUUACGAAGAUGUGGAUGAUCUUCCCACCGAAAUGCCGGAUGAUCUGGUGUCCCACAUUAAAUCCCUCACCGCAAACGAACGUCGCCAGGUGUGGAUAACGUGCAAGGAACUUACCAACAGCGACGAAAACCAACUCGGACCGAUCGAGUAUAUGCCGAGCCGAGGAUUCCCAGCGUACUACUACCCGUACAUGAACAUCGAAGGCUAUCUGAGCCCACUGGUGGCGGUACAUCUUGCCAGACCGAAGCCAAAAACGACCAUCAGCAUCGAGUGCCGUGCCUGGGCGAAAAACAUCGUGUACCGUGGGGGAACCCGUGAUCGAACUGGUUCGGUACAGAUAUCGCUGCGCAUCGAUUAG